UUCAAGUUCCGAAAUUUUUAUGUAGUUAGCAUGGAUUUUGCUGGAUUUACUUCAAGUCUAAGUUAGAACACCAAAUCUAUCGUAUCCAAAUCCAUCGACCAAGAUCCCAAGAUGUAUUCCGAUCCCGCCCAGGAGACAGUUGCGACGCAGACGGAGGCCCAGCCGAGUCCGAAACCCGUCUGCACGCCGCUGCUCAUGGUGGACGAGGAUGGUCGGAAGCGGUACUGCUACCAUGGUGGAAAGUGCAAGUGCGCCACGUGCGUCAAAAUCCGGGAAGAGCAAGCAGUUAAACUGGACAAGGAACUAUUGUCCUACAUCCCGCAUUCAAAACUGCAUCUUGAAGUUCCCAUUCGGAUGGUGAAACCAAAGCAGUACCGCCUGGAAGCCAGGCGUGCAGCUCCUUGGAUAGCUACAUGGCUACGAGAGGAUCACGAGAGGCUGAGAGCUGAGUAUCCCAUUUACUACCUUCCGGAUAGAUACUUCAGCGACAACUUCUACAUGUUGCCAGGACCUCAGCACAAGGAAACCCAGACGGACAUCCCAAUUGGGCGCUAUGGCAUAGAUGGCUGUCCAUGUCCCGACAAAUCGCUCUGCUACGAUUUGUAAUUGUAAUCCUGGGCAGGUUUCGAUGGGGCAGUGAGGGAAAAUAAAGAUUUCAGAAGGAAA